AUAUUAUGAGAUAAUGCAAUCCGCCAUUUUGUGACCGACAAGAAAGGAUUGCGCAGUAGUAGCUACCUCUAGUUUGUAUAGCAAGUAGAGGUCAACGUCCUUAAAUGUAAACUUUGUCUAUGGUAUAUAAAGCUUGGCGUUCAUGAGAGAUAUGUGUAAAAAGUCACUAUUUAUUUUUUAAAAAACAACAAUAAUUUAUUUAUAAAAAAAAAAUCAAAAGACUAAAAUGACAUUCAUUAUUAUUAUAAAACACUGUAGCUGAAUUACGUAAUUAUCGCACAGUUUAUAUAAUGUGCUCUGUUUUAUCAAUAUUGUUGCUAACGUAACAUAAAAACGAUUUUUACAUUUUAUUAAUAAUAGUGUUAAUAAUUAUUUAUUGGCGUGAAUCACUUAACACCUUAAAAUGGCUACUAAAGCUACUACAAUAAAAGAAGCGAUUAAACGCUGGGAAGAGAAAACGGGACAACAAGCUGCUACAGCUACGGAAGUUAGUCUGGUUUUUCAAUGGCCGCCUAUUGAGAAAAUGGAUAAUUCUUUGGCCACUCUUGUUAACUGCGAAAAACUUAGUCUAUCAACAAAUAUGAUAGAAAAGGUAACAGCUUUGAAUAGUUUGAAGAAACUGCGAAUUUUGUCGCUUGGAAGAAACUAUAUUAAAUCUUUUGCUGGUAUGGAAUGUUUAGGUGACACUUUAGAAGAGCUGUGGAUAUCCUACAACUUAGUCGAGAAACUGAAGGGUAUAAAUGUGCUUAGAAAUUUAAAAGUUCUUUAUAUGAGCAACAAUUUGGUCAAAGAAUGGAGCGAAUUUAAUAAACUUCAGGAAUUGCAAAAUCUGGAAGACCUACUUUUCGUUGGGAAUCCACUUUACGACGGCUGUGAGUUGGAAGUAUGGCGAUCGGAAGCAGCGCGGAGGUUGCCGGGGCUAAAGAAGUUAGACGGGGAAACUGUUUUACGGGAAGAUGAGCCACCAUUGACUGUAGCUGAUCUUGAGCCCGAUGGUGGAGAUGGCGUAGAAACUUUAGUCAGUGCUGAACCUAACGAUUGAAUAAAACAAAUUAAAAAAAACGUAAAAUACAGACAAACUGCUUAACCACGCAGAAUAGUUACUCUGUCGCAAUUACUACGUCACACCCCGCACAUCUAUAUUAGACUCGAGCGUGAGGAGAAGUUAGGCGGUUUGUCUUAAACAUACAAUUUAUAAAAUUUGACGUUGCUUGAAUAAUAUAUUAGUAAAAUUAAAAUUAUGUAAAAGAAAAUAAUAUUAAUUUAAUAUAAAUCUUUUCUUUAUUCCUUGUUCUGUUUAACUAUGAAAAAAAAUGAUAAAAAAUGUUUUGUCAAUACAUUAAAACGAUAUAUUUAAUGGGUAAGUUUACAAUUUAUCAGGGAUUUAUCAAAAUAAAGAAU